GAAGAUGGCAGGACUGAGAGGAACCGAUGCGAUAGGGCCGAACCUGUGAGUGUCCAGGUACCCACCGAGGGGGGAAUCAUUAAUGUGACGGACAGACCUGGCUGCUCCAGAGACACAAGAGGUGCACGCUUUGGGGAGAACGUUCCCUCUGUGCCGAGGUAUGUAACGUUCACGCGGAUGAGGUGAAAAUGUAUCGCGAGAGAAAACUCCAAAGGCAGGAUCCUCCCGGUAUUCCCGGGCCCGUGUCAGAGACCGGCGGCCAGCCUUCUAGCGAUGCGUCCUCUGCUCCAAGAAGCUCAAAGACUAAAUCUCAUUUCCCGUUCAGCCUGCUGCCCCUGGACUGCCAGAUUCACAUCUUCUCGUUUCUCUCCGAGGUGGAGAAAUGCACGGCCGCUUUGGUUUGCGCGCACUGGAGCAAGCUCAUGCGCACCCCUCAGCUUUGGAGGGUGGCUGACUUCAUGAGGCUUGGCGCUUUCCAUUCGGGAAUGGACGGGGUGCUGGUAUCCGUCAGAGAGUUUGAGAGGUGGAAGGAGUGGGUGCACCAGUAUGCUUUUCACUUGACCUCCCGUGGCGCCAGCCUGCUGGUCCUCCGUGCCAGCUUUGAUCUGGGGGACCAAAGAACCAAGUGGGCCGACUUCCUCCUUCAAUUUCUGGACAGUGUUCACUGCGGAGAACUUCGAGAGUUGGAGCUGAACUGGACACUUACGCAUCUGGAGCCGCUGGAUUUCUAUCCUCCCGGCAGCAUGGCGCAAAUAUGCCUUGCAAAGACAGACCAGUUCAACAGUUUCCAGACGCUCUUCGAGCGGUUGACCCGCACCUCGCCCAAACUGAGCCGCAUGAAGCUUCCCUUCGACUGGUCCGAGCAUUCGGUCUUCCUCCUCACCCACUUCCAGCAUCUGAGCACUCUAGAGCUCAACUACUUCUGGGUGUUUAAAGGAGUCCAACCCGAGACCAUGAAAGAACUUACAAGGUCCCUUCCCAAGUUAAAGACUUUGAUCCUUCAGAUUCUGGUCCCGGUGAAGGAUCUUGGAGUCUCCUACCCUCUGGAAUCCAAGUCUUUGGAGUUUUUGGACGUCUCUCAGAGUCGAGGACUCGUCUUUAGCCAUCUAGAUUUACCUUCUUUGAAGGAGCUUAGGAUAAAGAAGACUAUUAGAGGGAUCAUUCUGAAUCGCAGGACCCGGGUGGCCCUGCAGAGUCGGUGGUCCUGUUUGUAUGAUCUCCUAAAAUCGGGGACCCCUAAACUUCAAGUUUUUAACUCCCACAGAUUGUUGCCAAACUGGUCAACCCAGAGUUACCUGGAGCUCAGCGAGGUUCUGCUGCAGUCCUGUUACUGCAUCCAUCACACAGAUACUUGGCUCCUCUGAUUACCGCUCCCUGGAUAUUUUGUACAGCCCGCGAUACGAAGGAGCCAUCGAGCGCUUUUAGUAAAACAAGAAA